GGUGUACAAAAUAAUUAGCCGUAGGAAAGGCAAGCAACUGGUCAUGGUAGAUGAUUAUACCUUCUAUAAGACGAACAAAAACAGCAAGGUCUGGGUGUGCUCCAGGAAAACCAGAGGAGACUGUUCUGCCAGGAUCAAGAUUGACCGUGGCCGCUUUUUCCCAUGUUGUCUGGAUCAUAACCACGAGCCUCCAAAAUUCCAUAUUACGGAAGAAGGACAGUACGUUAUAAGACGAACAAAACGUUUAAGCAAAAGGAUCGAGUACAAAUUAAUACAUGGAAAAAGCGGGCCAUUGAUCAUGAUCCACGGUUACACGUUCAACAAGAUAAAUAAAAACAGCAAGGUGUGGGUGUGCUCCAGGAAAAGGAGAGGCGAUUGUCCCGCCAGGAUCAAAAUGGAUCAUGACCUUCUAGUUUCAUACUAUCUGUAUCAUAACCACGAGCCCCCGAAUUAUUUUAUUACUAAAGAAGGACAGUACAUUAAAUUCAAUUAAAGAAGAACACUUAUCAAACUCGAAAGAGAUCGUAACCGUAUCAACUCCAGGCGGUCAGUAUUCUAUAUAUGAAACGCGCGAAUGACGAUGAUAGCUCGCGGAAGGCGAUACGGUUCCUUUCCGAUCCUUUUCCGAGUUGAUAAGAGUCUGCUAUGACCUUAAACGUUCAAACUGAACACUAAGUUCCUAGUU